CAUUGUCAAGUAACUUCGGAGGAAUAAGUAUGGAGAAGAAAAGUUUGUGUGCCAAUGCUACACACUAAUGCGAUCGUGGGGCUACCAUUUGUGAAUGAAGCAUCGUUGUCAACUAAAGACCUUUUCCUUUUCCCAUUUGCUGCUUUAACAAGUUGUUUUUUCUCAUUAAUCUCCGCUCCCUUUCUCUCCAACAAACGGUACUCAAGGACUCAAAGUACCUCAAAAAGUAGGUAGGCUCCAUCAGGACAACAGUAGCUGCUGCUAGAUCAUUUUCUACUUGCAAGAUGGGAUUGAACUUCUUACCUUACUGCUCUGUGUGAGAUUCUUCUUCAUGCUCUGUUUAAGCAACAUAACGAAGCCAUGGCUUGCAGUAUUAAUGGCCUAACAAGGAGCUCUCAUGAUUUGGAAUCAAAAUGAAGUCAAACACUUCAUCACUUUCUCCUGGAAUCAGUCUUGCCUCUGCUGAAUCUUUAUCCAUGCCUCUGUUCCAGGAAGUUGUUCUCUCUGCUGAUAUAGGAUGUACUGAAUGCCAAGAGAGACUUGCAGACAUGAUGUCAAAAUUGGGUGAGAUAGAGUCUGUUGUGGUGAAUGCGCUGGAGAAGAAGGUUACACUCAUUUGCAGAUAUCCCAGAGUAGCCAAAGUACCGGCCGGUCGGCUAGUUGCUGCUGUUUACAGGAACCCUCUAAACAAAUUUGCCUUGAUUAAGCGGAUAUUUCGUUCUUCCUCAAGUUGAUCAAUUCCAAGCCAGAUUGAGAAGUCCAAUGUGCUACGGGAAAUUCAUAUCAGAAGUCUUCCUAAUUCCUUCAAUUGGAUUGGACAUGAAUAUUAGUUUUUCGCUCUGAUUAUCGAUGAUUGGAAACAGGCAAAUAUUUAUAAUGAAGUUAAGGAUAUAUAAUAAGCCGCACAGAAGAAACAAAAAGCCUCUUUUUCAACUUCAAGCAUAGUCAGAUUCCAAAACGAAAAGGAAGAAUUUCCACGGGAUGAUUCAAAAGUAGAAUAUCAAUUGGUUCACAAUCUUUCAUAUUCCCAAUAUUCCACAGCUGCCUUUUCCAUUUACCUUUCUCCAGUCAUCAAAACAACCCAAAAUUUCAUCUCAGGUCCUGGCAUUUCCAACUUCAUGGCAGGAAAGUAUUUUUGCAUGGUGAUGAGGCUCAAUAUUGACUGCAAUGGAUGUUGCAGGAAAGUAAGGAGAAUACUUCUAAACAUGAAAGAAAUAGAGACACAUUUGAUUGAGAAGCAGCAGUGCAGGGUAAGUGUGUGUGGGAGAUUUGUAGCAGCAGAUGUGGCAAUAAAGAUGAGAAAGAAGAUGAACCGUCGAGUUGAAAUUCUGGAAAUUCAAGAGCUCGAUGGCACCACUGAAGAAAUGGAGCAAAGGGCUAUGAUUGCUACUUGUAAAACACACCAAUUAUAUUGUUAGGGUAAAUUUACUUUACCAGGUGAUUUUUUUUUCCUUUUUAGUGUGAAUACAAAAUUUACCUAGCAGUUAGUAAUACAUGCCAUUGUUCUUGAGAAUUGAAAUUGAUAAUAGAAUGCAAAUAAGUGAGACAUAUCCAGGAAA